CUCGCUUCGUUACUUCAAGGUCGACCAGAAUGAGGCGGACGACGAAGAGUAGAUGUCUUAGACGUUGUUCCAUCACGUACUCGACUAGUUGAGACUCAUAUGGAGCCGUUCGCAUGUUGCAUCUCCCUCUUCCACCGCAGUCUGCACGGCAAUGUAAAGAAUUUGGCGAUCACCCAAAUAUUUCGUCCUUCGUUGAAAGAGUUUGGUGUUGAGACAGGAUCCGCACAUGCGGGGCACCACAUCGUUGCUUCGCUGGCUUUGUGCUCGAUCUGCUCUUUGUCCUGUGCCUCCACACUUCGUCAUCGACCACUCGCCACCCAUUGCCGCAGACUUUUCGCGCGCUCAUUGGGGGUAUUCAUAAGCUUAGAAGUCCUCAUCUGCCCCUCCAUAUCCAUUGUCACUUCAGUUAACAAACCGUCGCCUUGCCGAAUGUCUAUCACGGACACAGACACCCUUGUAGCGAACAUUAUGGCCCAGGCCGUGAAGGACACAAUCCGACGCCUCGAAGUCAUCGUAGCCACUUACACGGACACGUCUUCCGAUUCCGCUCGAACCAGCGGCAGCAACAAAACCGAUGACAGCCGUGACGCAACGCGCCACCUUAGGGCGUGGUUUAAGAACAACCUCGACCAUCCUUAUCCUUCUCUGUCCCUCCGACAGCGCUUCGCAUCGGAAUUAGGUGUUCCCGUCCGCAAUAUCAACGCUCAGUUCACGAAUUGGCGCCGUCGAACCGGCUGGUCUCAUAUCAGGAAGGCGUGGGCGGGCAACUCGCAUCAAGGGAUGGUUUUGCUCCUAUCGCGAUACGCAUCCGGAGAAGAAGCGCGGCCUGAUGUGCGGGCAGCUAUCCGCCGCAUGGCUGAGUACCUCGAGGAGGAUCCUGCCAGGCAGUGGAUCGGGUCUAUCCUAUCGACCCGGGCGGAGGGGCUUUCCUCUCCUACCUCCAGGUCUUCAAGUCUGACACUUGUCUCUUAUCAACUCGGAACCCCGCGUUUCUCGACUCGAUCCCCAUCACUCGACUCUUCGGCCGACGUAGCUCGGCACGCCGCCGAUACCGAAGUCGUUGUGGAUCACCGAUCCUUCGUCUCGGUUUCUCAAUCGGAAGCAGAACAUACACCAGGUUCACUCACACAACCGACCCGCAAGCGCCGCCGCUCCAUCCCACCGACUGACAGUGAACUGAGAAUUACACGAAAGCAACAGUAAGUUCACGGCUUGCGUGGUCAGUUGGCCGGGCGGCUUCACCCUGGUCUCGAGAAGAGGCAGCUAGCAGUCGGGCGUUCUUGCACACAUGAUAGUCAACUGCACGUUCACCUAACUAUCUCGACGCUAUGUACAAUCCGAUCCUGGUUGUGCAGGUAGCAUCUCUGAGACCU